GCUGAAGUGAAAACGAGACCAACGUCUAGCUCUACUGUUGGUACUUAUGAGAUCCAGUCCUGGCAACAUGGAGAGGAUAGUCAUCUGUCUGAUGGUCAUCUUCUUGGGGACACUGGUCCACAAAUCAAGCUCCCAAGGUCAAGAUCGCCACAUGAUUAGAAUGCGUCAACUUAUAGAUAUUGUUGAUCAGCUGAAAAAUUAUGUGAAUGACUUGGACCCAGAAUUUCUGCCAGCUCCAGAAGAUGUAGAGACAAACUGUGAGUGGUCAGCUUUUUCCUGUUUUCAGAAGGCCCAACUAAAGUCAGCAAAUACAGGAAACAAUGAAAGGAUAAUCAAUUUAUCAAUUAAAAAGCUGAAGAGGAAAUCACCUUCCACAGGUGCAGAGAGAAGACAGAAACACAGACUAACAUGCCCUUCAUGUGAUUCUUAUGAGAAAAAACCACCCAAAGAAUUCCUAGAAAGAUUCAAAUCACUUCUCCAAAAGAUGAUUCAUCAGCAUCUGUCCUCUAGAACACAUGGAAGUGAAGAUUCCUGAGGAUCUAACUUGCAGCUGGACACUAUGUUACAUACUCUAAUAUAGUAGUGAAACUCAUUUCUUUGUAUUCCAAGUGGAGGAG